AUGGCCGGACAUUGGAUUUUCGUCCUCUUGUGCCUGUCGUUUGUCGGACAACUAGUGCUCGGCAGUUUGUUUCCACCAAUCCCUCCGAACGUUCAAACUCCAUCGCAACCAGACGCCGUGCCUCCACCACAAGAAGUCAAUUGGCCAUUAAACAAUUUAGCCGCACCUGAUGUGACCGUCGUCGGAGAAGCAGCCACGCUCAAUACCAGAAGUCUCCCCAUGGAAAAAACCAGAGACAAGCCAUUGGAAACCAGUCAAAAAGCCGAAGAAAUAUUACCAAAAGUCAUCGUUAUUGGCACUGAACAAAAAGCAGUCGGUGAAAUUGUAACCAGAAAUAAUGCAGAAAUGGAAACUAAAAACUUUUCUUCGACCAACAAUGGAUAA